AUGGUUCUUGCCAAGAUGAUGAGAGCAUGUAACAUUGAUGCUGGUAAUGAUGAUGACUGGACUGAAGAGGGAACUGAUACUGAAUAUUUCAGUGAUUAUGUUGAUUCAGACAAUGAGGUGGUCACUCAUAACAAUAGUGGAGAUGAAGGACGGAAGAAAAGGAAAAGGGGGAAGAAAAGGUACAUAACUUUUAAUCCCAACACACCCAUUAAUGAGGUCGAGUUUUCAAAGAAUUUGAUAUUUGAGGGCCCUGAUCAGUUCAAGAAAGUCGUGCAAGGCUAUGCCAUUUUCCAAGGGUUUAACAUACUCUGGAAAAGGACAGGCGAUAAGAAGAUUGAGGCUACUUGCAAGAAUAAAGAAUGCGCAUGGAGAAUCUAUGGUAGUUGGACUUUUAAGAAAGAAGGCUUUGCUGUGAAGAAACUCGAGGGGAAUCACGUGAAUGUGCAAUUAGGAAUCACCGUUACUAAGACUACAUGUUACAAAGCUAGAUCUCUGGCAUGUAAAAAGAUUCUUGGGACUUUAGAAGAGCAUUAUAACUUGCUGCCCUCUUACAUAGCUGAGUUGAAAAAAGUGAAUAGAACGAGCACAUUUGAGGUUGUGCUCGAUAGAGGGAGUCCUGAUGGUGCAGUCAGAUUUAAGAGGUUCUAUGUAUGUUUUGAUAGCUUGAGAAAGGGAUUUUUAGAGGGCUGUAGAUCAGUAAUCGGGUUGGAUGGCUGUUUUCUAAAAUCUAAGUUAGGGGGCCAACUGUUAAGUGCUGUAGGUAGAGACGGGAACAAUCAAAUGUUCCCAUUUGCAUGGGCAGUGGUGGAAGGAGAGAAUGAGAAUUCCUGGAGAUGGUUUCUUGAUCUUUUAAUGAAAGAUUUGGGAAUUAAGGAUGGAUAUAGGUGGACAAUCAUCAGUGAUCAGCAAAAAGGGCUUGAGAAGGCAGUAAAGGUACUUCUACCUCAUGUAGAGCAUAGAAACUGUGCUCGACAUAUUUAUGCUAAUUGGAAAAAAAAUAAUGGCGGUGUGGCUCUGAAGUCCCUUUUCUGGAGAGCAGUCAUGUGCACAACUGAGGUUGAAUUUUUCAGGAUAAUGGAAGAGAUGAGAGCAGUAUCAGUGAAGGCAUGUGAUCAGUUUAUGCAGGUAGGUCCUCAGAAGUUUUGUAGAGCUUUUAUUAGUGAAUGGAAUAAAUGUGAAAUUGUUCACAACAACAUAUGUGAGUGCUUUAAUGCCUAUAUUUUGCAAGCAAGGGCUAAACCAUUGAUAGAUAUGUUGGAAGAUAUUAGAACUAGAUUGAUGAAAAUGAUGGCUGAGAAGAAGCAAUUGGUGAUUGGGUCUACUGAUGAGUUAUGCCCAAGGGUGAAAAAGAAAGUUGAGGAGGCUAGGGAACUAAGUUGGCGUUGCACCAUUGUAUAUGUUGGAGAAUCAAAAUUUCAGGUUGCUGAUCUUGGGGAAGGUUAUGUAGUUGAUUUAAAGAGAAUGACAUGUACUUGUAGAAGGUGGAACCUCAAUGGCAUUCCUUGUCUACACGCAAUGGGUUGCAUUGUUUAUUGGAACAGAGAAGAACCUCAGAAGUAUGUGCAUGAGUACUUUAAAAGAGAGAUGUACUUGAAAGCAUAUGAACAACCACUUGAACCCCCAAAUGGUAAGAACUUGUGGGCUAAAGUACAAGAUCCACCAGCGUUGCCUCCACAAGUGAGAAAAAUGCCAGGAAGGCCAAAGAAUUCUCGAAACAAAGAUGCCAGUGAAAAAGAACUUACAAGAAAAAGAAGCAACAAGAAAGAAAAUAACCAAGCUAAACUUUCCACAACUCAUAAAAGGAGAGGUAGAAAAAAAAAGAUAGCCAAGCUGAAUCUUUCACAACUCAGGAGCAAUAUUGAGCCAGGAGACAUGAGUCAACAUUCUAUGGACGAGGUGAUUACACAAGACCAACAACGUCCUGUUGUACCAGAGGUUCCUUCUGCUAGACCUGGUUGUGUUUCUGAUAUUAGACCACCAAAGUUACAGGCAAAAAGGAAACAAAUUGCACCAACUCUUAAGGCACAAAUAUCUAAAGAAAUUGCUCUAGCUAAGAAAGGUUGUGGAAAGGUUGUGGAGUCCUUACUGCAGAUAAUGAUGCCUGAUCAACCAGUGAGGAUCUCUUAUAUCGGCGAGUAUGGAGGGUAG